AGACACACGCACAAAGCGCGCUGUGCGAUCUUAAGUACAGCAUCGGAAUUGCAGAUAUCAUUACGGCUCUACUGUCCACAUUGGGAGCAGAUGGGAACAACGCUACAAUAAAAGCAGACAGCUUUCCUUUGGAAGGAAUAUUUUGUUGAAACUAUACAAGAGAUCCGAAGAUUGCGUGGAUUAAUAUAUGCACCACUGAUAUAAGUUAUUAACCAAUAUAUUCUGGAGGCGAUUUAUCUUCAAAAUCUUCCAGUAGGAAUCAGAAAGCUCCCCGAUAGCCAGAGAAAUGGUUACUGGUAAGAGAUCGUGGACAGGAACAAGGCAAGUGUUGUGCUUUAUUGCCGUGUGCUGCUUUGCAAAUUUGAUUUCUGGACAAAUCCGCUACAGAAUUCCGGAAGAACUAAAGCAUGGAGCUUUUGUUGCCAAUAUUGCUGAUGAUUUAGGUUUAAAUGUCAGUAAGCUAACCGCCAGGAGACUGCGUAUCGUGUCUAGUGCCUCUACGCAAUACUUGGAGGUAAAUUUAGGCAAUGGCAUUUUGUUCGUGAAUGAAAAAAUAGAUAGGGAGCAGCUCUGUGGUCUAAUUCUUACUUGUUUUCUACAUUUGGAAGUUGUUAUCGAAAAUCCUCUCGAGCUGUACCGUAUUGAAGUGGAAAUUCUGGAUAUAAAUGAUAACUCACCAACUUUCUUGAGGAAUGAUAUCUUUCUGGACAUUAUAGAAUCGGCUUUGCCAGGGACAAGAUUCCCUCUCGAGAGCGCUCACGACCCAGACGUGGGCACUAACUCAGUUCACACCUAUAGGCUCAGUCCAAAUAACCAUUUUACCUUAGAUGUGGAGACACGAAGUGAUCGCAGCAAAUUUGCAGAGCUAGUGUUGGAUAAAAUGCUGGACAGAGAACAACAACAGAACCAUCAUCUAGUUCUGACGGCGGUUGACGGUGGGAUUCCAAAGCGGUCUGUUUCUGCCGUAAUCACUGUUAAUGUCUUGGACGCCAACGACAAUUUACCUGUCUUCGAACAAGCAAUUUACAAAGUUUUCUUGGAAGAAAACACACCCAAGGGGGCGUUGAUAUUAACAUUGAAUGCCAGCGACUUAGACGAUGGUUCCAAUAGCGAGAUCGUAUAUUCUUUCAGCAGUCAUAAUCCGCCGAGAGUGCGCGAACUGUUUAACGUGGACUCCCAUACAGGUGAGAUUCGAGUUAAAAGUAAUAUAGAUCACGAAGAACUGAAUACGUACGAAAUCUCCAUUCAAGCCAAGGAUAAAGGUGGCCCCUAUGCAAUACCUGUGCAUUGCAAGAUUCUUGUAGACAUAGUUGAUGUGAAUGACAAUGCGCCUGAAGUGAUCCUGACUUCGUUGUCAAGUCCAGUGAUGGAAGACGCCAUGAUCGGGACAGUGAUUGCUCUCAUUAGUGUUACUGACCGAGAUUCUGGGGAAAAUGGGCAAAUUAACUGUGAGAUUGUUCAGGACAUUCCAUUUAAGCUUCAGUCGUCUUUUAAGAACUAUUACACAUUGGUGACGAGCGGUCCUCUGGACCGUGAAAGAGUACCAGAAUAUAACAUCACAAUUAUGGCCACUGAUUCAGGAUAUCCUUCUCUUUCUACCAACAAAUCUAUAUUUCUAAAGGUUUCAGACGUGAAUGACAAUGCUCCAAGAUUUUCGAAAUCUUCAUAUACAGUGUAUGUCACGGAAAACAACGCACCCGGCGCUACCGUUUGCUUCGUGACAGCAUUGGACCCUGAUUCAAAUCAAAACGCCUAUCUAUCUUAUUCUAUCCUGGACAGUACGAUCCACGGAUUACCUUCCAGAACCUAUGUCUCAAUCAAUUCGGAUAAUGGUAACGUUUACGCAUUACGUUCAUUCGACUACGAACAACUAACAGAUUUCCAAAUCCAAAUCCAAGCUCAGGAUGCUGGAUUUCCACCACUCAGUGGCUCUACCAGAGUAAAUGUGAUCAUCUUGGAUCAGAAUGACAACGUUCCUGUGAUCGUGUCCCCACGGCCAAGAAACGGUUCAGUUGCAGUACAGAAGCUGUCGCAAUCUUUUCACCCGGGGCAGUUACUGAUCAAAGUCAUCGCCACAGACGCCGACUCUGGGCAGAAUGCAAAGCUCUCCUAUCAAUUACUGCAAGCAACAGAUCCUACGUUAUUCAACGUGGCACUCCACACAGGAGAAAUCAGGACGACCCGGCGUUUGAGAGACAGAAAUGUCCCGAAGCAAACUCUGCUCAUCCUGGUGAAAGAUAACGGGCAACCUCCGCUUUCAGCCACGGUCUCCAUCGUAUUUUCAAUUAUGGACAACGUUACAGACAUUCUGCCAAAAAUCAGUAAUUUGCCUGAGAAUGCAGAGCAAAAUUCCGCUUUAUUAUUUUAUAUAAUUAUCACAUUGGGAUGCAUUUCAUUUGUAUUCAUUGUGGCCAUUAUUAUCGUCGCUGCCAUCAAGUACCACCAACACAGAAACAAUGCCCACAGCUGCAACACCGCCGUCGGGAAUUGUUGUUGCAUGCAGCACUUGAAUUCGGCAGAUGUUCUGCAAACAUCCAAAACAAAUCCCCAAGUAACGACCAAUCCCAAAGCGCCUCCUGACUUUUUGGAGGUCGCUGGAAGUGGGACUGUAUCACAGGCCUAUUAUUACAAGGUGUGUUUGACCCCUGAAUCUGCGAGGAGUGACUUUACUUUCCUCAAACCAUACAGCCCAGGAAAGCCCAAAGGUCGGACAAGCACUAGUGACCGGGGUGGAGUGGAAUGGAAAGAAUAUUCACCAAAACCUUCAAACACUGAUGUUUCAACUGCCAAUUUCAAUAGGAAGAUCAUUAAGUUUCGCGAGUGGAAUGGAGAUAUAACCAAUCAGGCAUACAACAACAGACAGCGGGAUUUGGAGCAAUCCUCUAUCGAAAGAUGCUCUUCAGGACAGUAUGGGAUAGGAUUGUAUACUUCGGAUAAAUGUGAAGUGGAGCCUGAUCCCAGAAGGCUCGUAGAAAUACAUUCGCGUGCCUUGUAGGAGCUCUGUAUGGGUAUAUAGUAAUUCGAGUUAAUGUUUUGUCGGUAUGGUGAGAAGGAUGAAAAAAUGUUUUUGGUCUGCUUAUUCUGGCUAACUUAUGCAAUGUUAGGCAAACUUGCAGCUCAUUGUGCUCCAAGAUGAAUAACUUCUGUUCAGUCAAAUUGCAUGCUUCCCAACUGAUUGACAGUGUGUACGUCAUAAUAAUAUUUGUCUAUAUAUAGGUAUGAAUAAAGGCAACAUCCCAUUACGUAGUUGUUAUUGUGAAUACCCAUCUUCAUAACACUCUGUAUUUGUCGCAAGACUGUCACCUGUAAAUAGCAACUAAAUAAAAACUGAAAGAAACGCCAAUUCUGUAAAUCAGGAUUAAAAACAAAACUUCUGGAGAAGUUCAACAGGUCUGGCAGCAUCUGUGAAGGAAAAUUUCUGUGAGUUCUGAGGAAGGGCCACCUGACGUGAAAUGUUAACUCUGGUUCUUCCUUCACAGAUGAUGCCAGAUCUGCUGAGCUUCUCCAGCAACUUUGUAUUUGCACCUGUAUACAGCAACUCGUGUUUCUUGUUUUCUGACAAGACAAUUUUCUACUGAAUAUGUGACACAAUUUCUGCCAGGAAUAUUUUUAUGAACUUCCUGAUGGAAUAUUCUGCACUUACUUUGUUGGAGCAGAACAACUGACCAACCCGAUGUCCCCAUCACCCUUCUUCUAUCACGUCUACCUACCCCAAUUCUUAUCAUUCCUCAUCAUCUAUUUCUGGACAAUACAGUGAGUCAUCUUUUAAUUUGUAAAAUGCAAAUGAAUCGAUUAAACAUGGUGGCUCAUUCACGGAAAUAUGGAUAAUAGGCACAAUGUAAAUUCUGGACGCAACAAGGGAUUGCAACUGAAAUAUUGACACCAUUUUGGAACCGAAAUACAGAUGCCAGCAAUGAGCAAUUGUGGACGAAGAGAAGCAAUAUUGAUACAGUGUUAAAGGCUUCAUUUCUCUUUCUUGUGCAUUGAAAUUUAACUCUAAAACUAUCUACUUCAAGCUUUUUAUCAGUUGUCGUUACGUUCAGUCAACUUGCAAGUUACUUGAUAUCGGUCUCUGUGCAGAAGAAGCUUUCCACAGAGGCACUUCUACUUGUAAAUGUUUUAAAAGUGCAUUUUGUUGUCAGUGAGUCCAAUUUACUUAAUAAAGUAAUAACUCUGA